AAUCCUCCUCUACGUUACCAGGAGGGUUUUGCUUGCGGUUGGGGCAAUCGAUGGAAUUGCGAUCGGGCCGUCGCCUCAGCUCUCUGCCGCCGCGCAAGCGCAACAAGUCGCUCAAUCGGCGUUCCAAUCGUAUCACGGAGUCAACGCCGUCCAACAUCGACAUCGGCCGGGAUGAGGACAGAAUCAGCACGCUCUCGGACUACCUCCUCCUCGGAAUCCUCGAACGGGUCGACCUUCCCUCGGCCGUCCGCGCCGGCGCGGUCUCGACGCGGUGGCAGCACCUCCCGCACCAGCUAUCGCACCUGCACCUCGAUGUUGGCCACUUCCCCGGCGCCACGCCGCUCGAGACCAUGGACGCCUUCACGGGCGCGAUGCGCAGGUUGCUGUCCACGUGUUCUCCUGCGGCUGACUGCAACAGCAGUCGUGCCAUCAAGACCCUAAUUCUCAGCUUCUACAUGUCAUCCACUCACCUUUGCUCCAUUGGCCGCACCGUCGAGGACGUCGUCACCCACAGCGCGACUGAAAGGCUUGAGUUUAACAUAUCCCUGCCGUCUGCGAACAAAACGAGGUUUGGGAAGCAGUUCAUGUCCUUCUCCCGCUCCUGCCGGGUCACCUUUCGAUGUCUCACGAGGCUUACACUCAAGAACCUUGCUUUUGGACAUUCCGACGUCACAAAUCUCAUUAACGCUUGUGAUAGGCUCGACCACCUCACCCUGAGUUGUUGCAGAUUGGUUAAGCACUCCGCGCUCAAGAUUGACACGCCUUGUUCCGGAAUCAAGGAGCUCAAGUUCAUCUGCUUUAUGUGCACGUGGAUCGAGCUCAUCUCUGUCCCUAAACUUAGGCAAGUGCGGUGCGUAUGUUGGCCCUUCGAAAACCCUCCGGUGCGCUUCGGCUACGUUCUAGAGCUUCGUGAUGUAAGUCUUAUAAAUGAAGCCAUGGCAUGGCAGGCACCAUUCAAACUGAGUGAGUGCCUAUCAAGGAGUGCCAAGAACCUGUCGAGACUGAUACUUCAUUUUGGCCACCAAAUGAUUUGGAUUCAGCCAGAACAUCCGAAGAACCUUGCUGCUAUAUUCAGAAACUUGGCCACUGUGUUUCUUUUGGGUAUGUUCCGUGAGUGUGAUCUAAGCUGGACUCUGUUUACACUUGAAGCUGCACCUGCCUUGCGGAGUAUUACAUUAUUUCGACAUUCAUGUGUCAAAACACCCGAGAGCAGUGCCGAAAAGACCAACGUGGUCUGGGAGCUAUCCAAGGAUUUGAAGCACCUGAACUUGAAGGUGUUGCUGAUCUUUGGGUGUGAGGACGAAGACAGGGUGACAAACUAUAUAAGGCUUGUCAUGGAACGAGCUAAGGGAUUGAAGAGAAUCGACCUGCGUGGUGAAUACCCAUGCGAGGACUGCAACACCAUCGACCUUGAAAGAUCCAACGUGGAAAAGGAUGGCAGGCGUCGGAUUAAGGAGGGACUCACCCAUGGAUCCUCCUCGUCCGUGGAAAUAAUAAUAUGUUGAUCGAUACUAUAUUGUCAAGGAAUGCUAAUAGCAUCAUAGGGAUCCUAGGCUUGCAGCAGGUAGAGUGAUGACAAUGUAUGAUGCACAACCAU